GAACCGCGUACUGAUCCCAACGCUGCAAUCAUGAUCUGGCGAAGGAUUUUAGGAAUAAUUCUUUUUCUUGACUUUGCAUUGAAUGUGUGCUUGUCACGGCAGUUAAGUGUACGAAAUCCACAGCUUCCGGUAAGUAGCACUCGAGUAUGGCGAGCAAAUGGAUCCAGUCGAGAUAUCAUGGGUGGUGCUAUAUCUACGAUAGGCAACACACCUGAAUUUUCGGGUCAUAAUCGUUAUAUUUCAUUUCCACAUCGCAGACACAGAGUCGAUUACUCUGAACAAGCGCAACGGUCCAAUCUGCAGGAUCCCGUGCUCAGUGAACGUCAUGACAAUGAAAGAAGUGUUGGAGGAACCGCAUUAAAGCAAAGAAGGAAAAAGACAUUCAAACAGAUAGUUCAAGAAAAGUUAGUUAUACAAAUCAUACAUCAUUACAUUGCCUGGGAUAUUUGUACAGUUCCCGUCGAGAAGGCGGCUACCUUCGUCUUGCCUAGCUCGAUAUUUCUGUCCACCGCUGUUGAACGCUUUUGUGCUGCUAGAGUGUUUAAACUGCUGAAACCCGUUUUACAACCCGUAGUGAGCAAAUUGAAUCAGGGUAUAGAAAAGAGAGUUGGACCAGAGGCCGAGGAGCGGAAACAAAAUAUAAUCUUCAAGAGAUACGGAUUGUCCACAUAGUGCCACCAAGAGUCAACAAAUAAUGACAACAACCAUCAACUACAGCUAUGGGAUCGCACAACGUUACACGAUGUGCGAUGUACGCACGAUGUGUGCACGUUGUGUGAACGAUGUGUG